CUGUUUAUGUUUGUAUAUAGUCUUUUGGCAUUUGUACUCAAACUUAGUUUUGAAGUGUGUUUUUCGUUUUAUGCUGCUCGUAUUUUUUAGGAAAGCAAAAUUAAACUUAAUGCAUUUUAAUAUACAUUGUAAAUACUGGAAACUGUACCAUGGGAAGAGUUGUUGUAUUUAAAAAUGGAUCGAGGGUUGAUGGAAAGCUGUUGCCUUUAUCUGAUACCCUUGAUGAUCUUUUGAUGGCAGCUGCAAAAAAACUCAAUAUUUCUGCUAAAGUAUUGUAUACUGCUCAAGGUGGAGAAAUAGAUGAUAUCACUCUCAUUAGGGAUGAUGAUGUUUUAUAUGUUUCGUCUGGAGAACCAUACAUUGCUUCAUCAAAUACCUUGCCCAGAGCAGCAGGCAAAUGUUAUAUAUCAAUGCCACAUGAUAUGCAAAUUGCUACAGUACCUGGCACAACAUUUACAAAUCCUGACUGGCUGCUUCUAAAUGUUGGAGGCAAACAUUUUGCAACAACCAGAAGCACACUGACAACGAAAGAACCAAAUUCUAUGCUGGCAUGUAUGAUAGCAUCUGAAGGCAGUGCUUUAUUAUGCCCAAGCUCUGUUGAUAAUAAUGGUGCCUUUCUUAUUGAUCGAAGUCCUGUUUAUUUUGAGCCCAUUUUAAACUAUUUAAGGCAUGGGCAACUGAUCCUCGACAAAAGUACAAAUCCCCAAGGUGUUUUGGAAGAAGCAAGAUUUUUUGGAAUCGAAAGUUUAGUAAAAAUACUGGAAAAGAUGGUGCAGGAUGAACAAAAGCAUUCAUCAGACAGUGCAGCUCUUACUAGAAGAGAUGUUAUCAAUACAUUAAUUUCCACUUCAUAUUCUUCUGAGCUAAGGUUUCAGGGAGUAAAUCUAUGUCAAGCAGAUUUGUCACGUCUGGAUCUUCGCCAUAUAAAUUUUAAAUAUGCAAAUCUUCAUCGUACAAAAUUAUCUGGGGCAAAUCUUAGUUAUUGCUGUUUAGAACGAACAGAUCUAUCCCAUGCUAAUCUUGAAGGUGCCAUCUUGCUUGGUGUAAAAAUGCUGUGUGCAAAUCUGGAAGGUGCAAAUCUGCGAUCUUGUAACAUGGAAGACCCAGCUGGAAAUCGAGCGAAUAUGGAAGGUGUAAAUCUCAAAGGAGCUAAUCUGGAAGGCAGUCAGAUGGCUGGUGUCAAUUUAAGAGUGGCUACUUUAAAAAAUGCAAAUUUGCAGAAUUGUGAUCUUCGAGGUGCUGUUUUAGCUGGUGCUGACUUGGAGAAUUGUGAUCUUUCAGGAAGUGAUUUACAUGAAGCAAAUUUGAGGGGUGCAAAUUUAAAAGAUGCUGCCUUUGAACUUAUGCUUACACCUUUGCAUAUGUCUCAAGCUAUAAGAUAAAAGGUUCUUGACUGCUUUCAUACCAACUAGAUCCAUAAAUGAAUAUGCAAUAUCUGGCCCCAAGAAAAACAUAUUUGCCUUCAGCAGUUUGUUUAUGCAAAUCAAAUAUUUUUACAUGGUCUUUUAAAAUAAAUAUACUUAAUUUUAUUUUAUUGGAUUUUGGGAGUGAUGUGAAGAAGCCCAUAAAAUAUUAAUUAAUAAUUAAAGGAAGGAAGUUAAUUUAUUUAAAUGCUAACUUGGCUGUAUUUUUUAAGACUGCAUUUUUUUAGUUAAUAUUUAUUUACUGAUGUCUAUUUUUUGGAUUCAUAAUCUCACUGCUGACAUGUUUAACAAGAUGUAUUUGCUUUAGUAUUAUGUUUUAUUGACCAAAAUGAAGUUUUACACUUCAUUGUUAAAUUAUUUGUUCUCAUUAAUAUGCUUUAUUUUUUUAUUUUAUUAUUAUUAUUAUUUUUUUUUAAUGUAAAAUACCUUCUGCACUGACUGUUGCUUGUAUAUAUAUUAGUUCCAUGAAAGUGAUUUUUAGUCCAUCCAUUCAGUGCUUGUUGAAACUGUAUAUAUGUAAACGUGAGCUGACCAUAUUUGGCUACAUUUUGAAAGUUUUGAAUAUGAGUAUAGGUGAGAUGAUGUGUUUCUAUGCAUUUCAAGCAUUUUCUAUAUUAUUCUUCAAAGCAUGCAUUGGAAUUUGAUUCCAUUUUAAUACAAAUAAAUUUUAAUUUUGAAAUGUUUUUGCAAUAAAUUAGCUCUUGCAAGCUCUGCAUUGUUAAGUUAUUCAUCUACAAAUCUCUUCCCACUGAAAUUAUAUAAAAAUUAAUUUAUGAAACAUUAACUAAUGUAUAUUGGAUGCAUUAAUAUACUGUAAACCCCUUGAAAUUUAAAGAGCUCUUUAGACAAUCCAAAACUUCAAAUUAUGUCUUAUUGAGAAACUGAAAAUUUAUUCUUUUUAUUGUGUGUGAUUGAUUAUAAGUAAAAAUAGCAUAUAUAUCAGUUGCUUAUUUUAUACAAAUCAGAAUGUUUUCCUCCAAUCUGCUUGAAAAGUGUGGAAUAUAUUGUUUGCUGUGGUUUUUUGCAGGUUUGGAAAAUUGUAUAAUUUUUGUUAAUAAGUUUAAUAAAUUACUUAAAAUAAA